AUGAAGAAUUCAUGGAAUGAGGAUAUUAGGGGCUCUCCCAUGGCUGUGGUGAAGCAAAAAUUAAAAAUGCUAAAAGAAGUUCUUUGGGCAUGGGGGAAGAAUAGUUUUCCAAACUUUAAUGUCAAAAUGGAGGAUGCUAAGAAAGGUUUGGAGGAAGUGAGACGAGAGAUUGAGAUGUAUGGGAUGACUGAUGCCCUCUUUGCUUGGGAAGCAGAUGCAAAAACUCGCCAGCUAAAGGCAUUGGAAAAUUAUAAAAAAUUAUGGGCCAAAAAAUCUCGUAUAAAAUGGCAGUUCCAGGACCAAGUUGAGGAUUUCGUGAUUAGGUUCUAUGAAAAUUUCCUUAAAGAUGCCCCUACUCAUGAGCAAUUGGACCUCCUGGAGUGCAUUCCUAACUCUCUAGAGGAGAAUGAUAAGGCUGGGCUGGAUAGGAUGCCAUCUAAUGAUGAAAUUAAGGCGGCAAUCUGGGACCUUGAUUCUGAGAGCGCCUUAGGUCCGGACGGAUUUCUUGGUAUAUUCUAUAAGGGGGCUUUCCAGAAAGGAAAAAUAAUCCAAUCAAAUAUCAGUUUGGCUUCGAAGUUGGCAAAUUUGAUGUUUUCUACCACUCUGGGGGGAGCUCUAGGGCUGAAGAUUGAUAUUCAGAAGGCUUAUGACACCAUUUCUUGGAAGUUCAUUUCGCAUGUCAUGCAGAAGUUUGGGUUUUCAGAUACUUGGAUUACCAGAAUAAAUCAACUCCUUCACUCUGCCAAAAUCUCGGUUUUAUUGAAGGGAGGAUCGGUUGGGUACUUUGGUGUGGAGAGGGGCCUAAGACAAGGAGAUCCGAUCUCCCCUUUACUAUUUAUAAUAGUUGAAGAAGUCUUGUGCAGAGGUUUGUCUGAUUUGGUAAGCAAAAAGAGGUCAAAAGCUCUGAAUAGGCCACGCGGUGUUGUUACUCUUGUGCAUAGCUUGUUUACGGAUGACAUCUUUAGCUUUUCCAAUGCAUCCUCCAGGUAUGUGAAAAAUCUACAAUCCUUCCUGUCUAGAUAUGAGGAUUUGUCGGGUCAAAAAAUAAAUAUUGAUAAGAGUAAGCUAUUCCUUGGUCCUCUUAAUGUCCGGAGAAAACUGGCUAUUAUUGACAUCCUUAAGAUCCCUGUUUGCAAUUUUCCAACACGAUACCUUGGUGUGGCGAUUUUCAAAGGGAGGAUAAAGAAGGAGGCACUGAUCCCUAUUCUUGAUAAGGUUAAAAGCCAACUGGCAGGGUGGAAAGGAAAUCUGCUUUCAAUGGCAGGAAGAGUGGAGUUAGUUCGAUCUGUCAUCUCAGGAAUGUCUAACCAUUCCUUUGCUGUUUAUUGGAGACUGAAAGAGGAAGGUGGUUUGGGUCUGAGGAGAUUGAGGGAUAUGAGUAAAGCUUCUUUGUGCAGUCUGGCAUGGAGAGUAAAGCAUAAGGAAUCAACUGCUUACAAAUUUCUUUGGGCUAGCUUUCUAAAAGGUAAUGGUGCUUUUAGACCAGGAUACAUAAUGUCAUCUAUUUGGCCUGGAAUAAGGAAGGUGUGGAGCAUCCUCACGGAUAAUGAGAGAUGGAUGGUUGGAAAUGUUAAGAAAAUUGACUUUUGGAAGGACAAGUGGGUCAAUGGAGCCUCUGUUCAGGAUUUGGGGAAUGUGGAACACAAUGACGACCAAGUUUCCUUGAAGGUUGACCGAUUUAUCAAUGGCCUCCAGUGGUGUUAG